CGUUUCUGUGCACGAUGUCGUCUGGCGGUGGCAAGUUGUUUGAGCAGCCGUGCCAGGGCAUCCCCGACGAGCUGCUGGCCAACGUCGGCGGCACCUUCAUCAGCGACGAGAUGCGGUGUUCCAUCUGCUCGUGGCUCGUGUGGGUGCCCGUCAUCACCGAGUGCGAACACAUCUACUGCCGCUCAUGCCUUGAGAGAUGGCUCGCACGGUCGGCAAGAUCUGAGCAACUGAAAGGAAGUGCUCUUCAGUGCAUGUGUGUCUGCCAUGCGUCUGUCCCGCAGGUCUCGCUCGUGCCCGACGUGCCAGAAGCUGCUGACGGGUGCGUCGUGUGUGCAGCCGCUGGAGCAGGCCAACCGUCUGCUGUAUCGCAUGAUAGGCAAAAUCAACCUCAAGUGCAAGUCAGUCAGUCAGAUGGACGAAGAAGGACGAAAAACACGAACUCAUCUCAUUGGCAUUGGCAUGGUGUUUGCGUGUGACCUUCCUGCAGACACUACGGUCUGUCGAUGGGGAAGAAAAACCACAAUGGCUCUCAUGUUCUAUGCAUUGACUUUGUUCCAUCUGUCAGACGACCGUGUAGCGUUUGAGAGCGCCGCAUCCAACACGCAGACCAAGACACGGACCGGCUGCGAAUGGUCCUCACACUCACGUCAUCGAAACCACACAUGCCUUCCUUCCCGUUCCGUGUGUGCAGGAAGGGUGCCUACAGUGACUAUGCCGCACACCUCAACAAAUGCGUGAGGCGGGCGGGCAAUGUGUGUGCAUCUCCACACCCGGCGCACGAGAGGUUACCUCGUUGGCUGGUCUGAGGUGUCCACGUGCAGGACUGUGAGUUGCUCAAGUGUGUGAAUGCCGGUUGCCCCAAGGCCAUCCCUCGCGGCCAUUAUCACUACCACAUCGCCAAGUGUCCCUAUCAGCGCAAGAAAUGCAGAUUCUGCGGCAAGUCAGUGGCACGCAUACACCCCUGCCCCCUCACCCACACAAAGACACAAGGCCUCCAUUUGUCCGUUGCUGUGUCAUUUGUGUCGUCAGGUUGGUCGAGGCUGUGUCGCUGGAGGCGCAUGCGUCGGAGUGUCACAAGGACAUGCUCAUCAAACACAAAGACAAAAUCCAAACACUCGAAGCCAAAAUCAACAAGUCAACGAACACGAACAUUAAGGACAGUGUGAAUGGGCCUCUGUGUGUGUGUGACUCAGGGUUGAGGAGGUGCAGCGCGAGAGCACGUCUGCGAGUGCUGCUGCCGCCCGUCUGCCCCCGCCCCCGUCGCCCUCCCCUCAGCAGCAGGAGGGAUACGUGCUCUGGGAGAUCGGCGAUGUCUUCACCAAAGCACAGACAAGUCUGUGUGGGGGGAUGGAUGGGGUGGGGAGACAUCAUUGCAAGACUGAUAUGUCUGUGCAUGUGCAGCCAAUUUGAUCCUGUCUCCUCGGUUCCAGCUGUCCGGCCAUUCCUUGUUUGCAUCGCUACUCAUCGAAGAGAACCCGCUGUCGCUCAAGUAAGUGACAAUUGUGCAGCCAGAGAGACGGAUGAUGUGGCGAUGGGCUGCCUGGGGGGAAUGCGUGUGUUGUGUGUGUUGUGUCCAGGGUGUCGCUGCAUCAUGUCUCGUACCAUCAGCGGGCGGCGGCACAGGAAAACACCAUGCCUGCCCGGACGCCGCGGCAGACGGUGAGGAGGGAAACAAGGAAGUGACAGGACCCCACCCCACAUCUUUGUCAUGUGUGUGUGUGAAGGUACCUGUCAAGACACCUGCUCGUUCGCCAGUGAGUGCGUCGCACAGCACGCCCAACACCAAGGGCCCUGCCGACGUGAGCAGCAUCUUCUACCAUCUCAUCGCCGCACAGCAGUCAUCCUCCACACACCACCAACACACCGGUAGGUCAGCCGGCCGCCAGUUGAGUUGAGUGUUGUAUGAGUAAGUGUCGGUGUGUGUGGAUGCAGUAAGUGACAACAAGCGCCAGCUGCGUGGGCUUGAGGACUCGCGCGACCACAAUGACCCAAUCACUUUACGCAGGCACAAGACAGCGGAAAACAACACCCAUGUCUCUCUCUCCCUGUGUGCCCUGUCAUGUGUGGAUGAUCAGAAGAAGGCCAGGUGUGGCGAUGGCGGUGUGCCAGAGGACGAGGCGACGUAUCGCAUCAGCUUCGACAUCACACUCGUACACCCGGCUGACGAUCGACACAGCGUCAUCAAGAAGGUGAGGGAGAGUAAAGAUGACAUACAGGGAGAGACAUGCACAUCCCUCUCUCUCUCUCUGUGUCUGUCUGUGUCAGGUUGAGUCGUUUUCGAUGACGCGUUCGGUGGAGCCCUUCUGCCUUUUCGCCUUCAAAGGUGAGCCGAGAGGGGUGUCUUUCCUUUCCCUGUAUGCGGCAUUGUCGCUUUGUGUGCGCGGUGCAGACGAGGCCUCGUUGCUGCACUUUGUGGAUGAGAGCGGUGUGCUGCGGGUGGUGCUGUCUUGCCUCCGCGUCCACCCCGGCAUUCUCAUCUUCUCGUGAAAGAAGGACCGAGUGACACACACACAGACAGACAGACGGACAGACAGACAAACCGAAGGAAGACCCAAACACAGCACAGCCGAUCGAUCAACACACUGACAGACCGAUGGACAGACAAUUUUGACCCAAUCCAUGUCUCAGCUCAUGAAUGAGUCCAUGUGUGUAUC